AUGGAUGGGAGUUCCAGUUAUGGUAAUGGAGGUUCUUCAUCUCCGCUCAGAGAUGUGGUAGAUUACUUCAUAGCCAUCCAGCUUUUAUUUGAUGAGACAUAUAAAAUAAUCCACGUUAAUGAGCUUCCAGAAAUUUCUAAUGAGCCCUAUGUUUCUUCCAAAAAGGUACACAUUCGUUUGGGAAACCGCUCAGAUGUGUUGAAGAAGGAAUUUCUAAAGACUGUGCAAGAUAUCAGCCAGUUUAACUGCUUCCAGUUAGAUGCCGAAUUCAGCCGAAAUGUCGUCAAGUUUUGUAAAAUCAAAGGCUCCCAAAUGAUUCAGUGGAAUACAAAUGAAAUUUUACAAAAGUUCACUGAGUUCAUAGUUUCGGAAAAUGUCUCAAAUAGAACUGCUACUUUUUAUAUUCAGCAAACGCAAUUGAUUGACAUGCUGCUUGCAUGCAAAAAGAGUACAGAUCACCAGAAGCAGCUAUUGCUCAAUCAGCGCAAAGUCAUAUUGUCCAAGACUUUCCUUGAGAUUCCUAAAGUUUCCAAGCAGGAGGCCCGAGAUUCAAUAUGUACAUUUUUUGGCAUUACCGAAAGGCAGCUAAAACGGAUUGAAGGCAAGUUAAGCCCUAUGUUAUCUAACAAGGAUGUUAUAGUUGCAGUGAACAUUUGUUCCAAGCUCAGAAAAGCUUAUGAUAUGAAUGACUUCGACAAUGUGGAUCGAUGGAAGUCUUGGAAAAGUGCUGAUACUGAGCAGUAUGGUCGUUUGUUGCGUAGAUUUUCCAUUAGUUCAACUGAUAUCUCUUCGAAAUCAAAUAGUCAUUCUUCGUCAUUGUUGGUUCCAACAAACCUUCAGGAUUCAAUCGAUCAAUUGUCACGGGUUGCAUUACAUGGUGAUUCUGAGUUUUUUGGAAUGUACAUAAAGUGUGUUCAAAUGUGGCAGAUACAGCCUUGUACAUUAUUUGUUUCAUUUCUGAAGGCUUCGACUAAUGACUUCAAUAGUGCCAAUCCUGACAAUGUUGUCAAAGCUCUCAGCUUAGCAUAUUUGUCAUCUCCGAUGCAGAUAACAUGGUUUGGCUGGCCGUUGUCAGAAAAGAAUUAUGCACUGUCUCUAGGAUUAAGAGCUUUUUCCCUAUGUAAAGAGCAAUUGAAGCCACAUUUUACAGAUCCACUCGGGGAUAUUCAAGCAUUGACAACAUCUCUUGUUUUUUUGAAACGAUUGCAUCUUUCGACAACCCAGGAUGUUGUGAAUUUUUACCAGAAGAGUUUACAAGAAGGUUUAACUGAAAGGCUUAUAUCUCGUUUGAAUGAGCUCAAACUUACCGAGAGCGAUACUAGGGGGGCAAACAACAGCUCUGACAAACGAAAUGACGAGCUAGAUUUUGAUAUGAUUUUGAAGUUACUAUCAAGCACAGUGUCUGAUCUAGAUAUUCUACAUAACUGGAAGGUCAAAAAUAAAGAUCUAGACCGAACUUUCCAGGUUUGUUCAACUGCGGGAAAAAUAAUUGCUGCUCCAACCAUAAAUUAUGUACGGCUUUUCAUUGAAUCGUUUAUAAGUGCUGAUCAUAGCAAGUCGGUGUUGUUGACGGAAGAGGGAAGGCAGAAUUUUGCUUCUUUAGUAGGAUUAUUAGGAAGAUUAAGGAGAAGAGCUGUCCUGAAAUUUGAAUUUGAAAGUAUUCUUUUCCAAGCCUUCAGUCAAAUUGUGUCAUUUUGGUCGAAAGAAAUGCUUCAAAAGGUCAAAGAUGCUAUAAGCGGAGAUAUGAAUCUCAGAAGACUAGAUGGGUGUUCGUAUUCAAGUAGCGUACAAAACGUCAUGGGUAUUUGCAAUGCAUAUUUGAAGCUUUUGGAGUCCUUUGAUUGGGAUAACAAGGUUCAAGUGGCAUUGUUAUUUACAAAACUCUACAAAGGUGUGUUUGAGAGUUUAUUGUUUUAUUCAAACACAAUGCUAGCGCGAUUUAACCAUGAAUUAUUGACUGCGCGUGGUACUAUGGAUUUCAAAGGCGAGGAUUGUACUUGCUUAAACAAUGUCACCAAGAUUAUUGAAUAUUUUCAUGACAUUGAUUCAAAGAAGCUCUCUGAAUAUUCUGAAACAUUAUCUGCAAAUAUAAAGCCUGAAUCUGCCUCAAAAAUGAGAAAAUUUGUGUCUGUGCGAGUUCUAAAUGCAGAAAAUGUUGAAAAUGGUAAGGGUGAACCUGUGAGCCUAUCAGUGGAAAUUGAGGGUUUGAUUCAAGGUAUGACAAGAACAGUCUACACGGACUACAACCCUACCUGGGAUGAAGAAUUUGAGAGUUUUGUUAGUGCGUCAAGUGAGCAUCGUAUGGCUUUUCUUAGAAUCACACUUAACGAUGCAAGUUGGGGCGGUGUAUACAAAACUUUGGUUUAUCGCCUCAACAUUAACGAUAUGUCGAAGAUGCCUUUGGAGGAAAAGAUAAGCUUGCAACCAAAAUCAGGCGUGUUGAACAUAUUGGUGAAUGUCGAUGUGGAACGUAAUGAUCCCGUUUAUUAUUCGAGUAAGGUUUUUUCCGAAAUUUCCAAUGGCCGGGAUAGAGCCAUAAAACUUUUGGUUGACAAGUUUAGCAAUCAGAUGAAGGAAAUAUUCACAAGAGACUAUUUGCAACAGAGUUUAGAGUUGGCUCCAGUUAAGAAGGAUAGUAACUUCCGUGUGCUAAAGGACGAAAAAGUGGAUGCAUACAUCAAUGAUAUGCAGCUUCAUACCAUUGAUGAGCUAUAUGACAAUUUGGAAACUGAGCUUUUCGAUGAGGUUAUGCUUCAGCUAUGGUUCAAGGUGUUGAACUCUGCGGAGAAUUUACUUUUACCUCGACUUUCAUUCCUCUUUCACGGAAUUGUCACUAGGCUUGAUAAGCGGUCGAGUCUUACCAAUUUUAGUUUUGUCUCAAGGUAUCACAAAACAAGUAAGCAUGAAAUGCAAAGAGUGAUUGAAUGGUGCUGGAAAUUCCGGGAGAUGCUCAAUAAUCCAGAUAAAAUACUUCAGGACCCGCUUGAGAAACCAUUCCAGAAAUUCCUAAAGAUUGAGCAGCUUUAUGAAAUGAAGUCACGUGACCUGAAAGACACUAUCUACCAGGUAGCCACGUACUUGAAUGGGGUAAUGCCAUCAAAGUAUUCUAAAAUAAACUUUGAUGCGAAUUCAUUCGAGAAAGCCAGAGAGGAUAAAACGUUGAUUCUUCGGGUUUUAAUGAGCAAAGGGGAAUCACAAUUUGUUAAAAAUACUAUAGAAAUGGCCGAAAGAUAUGAACGUGCACUCAAAGCCGAGAGAGAGGUCAUUAUGAUGGGAAUCUGA